UCCCUAGUUCAUAACAUCUUCUCAUUCGAAUAAGACAGCAGCAGCACCAAUCACAGAAAUUGUUAAUUUUUGUUAAUUUAAAUUUUUAAUUAAUCCAAUAAGAGUGUGUGCAAGGCAAAACAAUAAUAAACCGAAACAACAACAAAAAAUUAACGACAACGGAUAAUAAUAAUACUAAAAUAUAAGCAAAACAAAAAAGAAGGCGAAAAACACGAAAAAGAGUCUUAAAAAGCAAUCAAUUUAAACGAAAUUGUGUGGUGCGUUCUGUGUGUGCGAGUGAUUAAUACCAAAAAAAGAUCUACAUUUUGAAAAAAAAGUUAUAAAGAAAUUUGAAACAUAUAUAUGUGCAUGCAACUUGUGCUAAUCGAUUGUGGAAUUAUGUAUGAUUUAUAAAAUGAUAAAUGAUGGAAGUGUGCAGCAGCAGCAGUGCAGGCAAGCAGACAAAAGCAAGAGGAUUGUGUAAUUUUGCCAAGAAUUUUUGUCAAAAAGAAAUUUUUUAUUGUUUGGUGUUGAGUGAGUAGAGUAGGUGGAACGGAGCAGCAGCAGCGGUAGCGGUAGCAGUGACAACAAAAACAAGCAGCAGGGUCGAGGAGGAGCAGACCAUCAGCAAAUCAGCGGCCAACAACAAACAAAGGCAUUGGUGACGACAACUACGCCGAAAAUUUCAGCAUUAGUUAAACCGCACAAAAAUGGUUAUAGGUAAUCAAGAUACGGGGGGCACAAAUAGUGUGCCCCAUCCUUCGGGAAUUCCACAAGAUAAAAUCGACAAUAUAAUGAGUGGCAUUGCCAAUACUGGCGAUGUCAAAAUGAAUAAUCACAGAAAAAAGUUGAGACAGAGAUUCGAUAUAAUUAAGAAAUUAGGUCAGGGUACCUAUGGCAAGGUGCAAUUGGGUAUUAACAAAGAGACUGGACAAGAGGUUGCUAUUAAGACCAUUAAGAAAUGUAAAAUAGAAGCUGAAUCGGAUUUAGUGAGAAUACGAAGAGAGGUACAGAUUAUGAGCUCUGUACAGCAUCCAAAUAUAAUACAUAUUUAUGAAGUAUUUGAAAAUCGUGAAAAAAUGGUUCUGGUUAUGGAAUUCGCCGCUGGCGGUGAACUUUAUGAUUAUUUGUCGGAACGCAAGGUGCUAAGCGAAGAAGAGGCCCGACGAAUAUUUCGCCAAGUGGCCACUGCUGUUUACUACUGUCACAAGCAUAAAAUUUGCCAUCGAGAUUUGAAAUUAGAAAAUAUUUUAUUAGAUGAACAUGGUAAUGCAAAGAUUGCCGAUUUUGGUCUGUCAAAUGUCUUUGACGACCAACGCUUACUGGCCACAUUUUGUGGCUCACCUCUCUACGCUUCGCCAGAAAUUGUCGAAGGUACACCCUAUCAUGGCCCCGAGGUGGAUUGCUGGUCCCUGGGUGUACUGCUCUAUACUCUAGUCUAUGGUUCGAUGCCAUUCGAUGGUUCCAAUUUUAAAAGACUUGUCAAACAAAUUAGCCAAGGCGAUUACUAUGAACCAAAGAAGCCUUCGCGUGCCUCUUCACUGAUACGUGAAAUGUUAACUGUGUGUCCCCGCAAACGUGCCAACAUUGAACAGAUCUGCUCCCAUUGGUGGGUAAAUGAAAAUGACAAUGUGUCGUGUUUAGAACUGGCCGAGGAUUUGGCCAACCAGACUCCGGUACGUUUAGAUGUUUUGCUGUCGUUAACACCGGCAGCUGUGACGGCGGAACAAUUGGUUGUGCCCUCAGCAGCUGAUGCUGCGGCAGCUGUCAAAGGUGGUGCCAUACCACGUAGUCAUUCUGUGGGUUCAAUACGUGAAAUUGGACCACCUACAACUACUACUGAAGCGGAGCGUAGAAUAUUGGAUAUGGUAGCUGCCGGUGGUGAGGCAGCGCUUAUGCCAUCUCCUACACGUACCAUUACACCUGCACAAAGUCCUAUACAGACAAAACGUAAACUUGAAAAUACCGUUUCGACAGAAAAUGCCACCGGUGUGGCCCUAAAGAAAAAGGAAAAGCCGGGCAGCACCCACACUCUGGGCGGUGCGGCUGGUGACCAGACAACGACAACGUCCACCAUUGUCGAAGAAGAACCUACACCAAUGGAAACAGAGGAAAGUGCCGAACCAACAUCAACCGAACCAUUACCGCCAUCAGCGGCUGGCGACGUUAAAACCAAUGCCACACGCAAUUUCUCCGUGAAGGACAUACAAGCGGUCGGUGACAUAUGUGAACAGUUGAUACAACAAGAACCAGCAGCACCAGCCACCUCCACCAUACCAGCCGAAAGAUACUCAGAAAAGGAACUAGUUCGUCAAUUGACCAGCACAAAAUUGGAUGCGACCAGUGUUGAAGAGGAUCCCGAUAAGACUAAAGGUGCCACCAAAGUCAUUAAGAAAUUCGUCAACAAACACAAGACAGCCGAUUUAGUUAAUGUCAUUGGUAAAAUAGAUGCCGAAGAAAGUGCCAAAGCCUCAGAGACUGCAAAACCAAAGGCGGGUGGCGUAGAACCGGCCACCAAACCAUUUGUGCGUAAAUGCAGUUUACAGGACGAAUCUCCACUCAACAAGUUCAACAAUGAACGCCGCAAGUCACGCAUUAUGGAAACUGCAGAAAAAUUCCAAGCCAUGAAUGCCGCCACAGGACAGGCAUCGGACAAACCAAAGAAAUUGGUUAUACCCGGUGUCAGUGUGGGUAGUUAUAAAAAAGAAUAUGAACGCAAAGCCUCCACCCCAGCUGCGGGUGCCGGACAACAACAGCUAACAGCCGGAGAACGUCGAGCCCUCGAAGAAGUUGCUGCUGCAGCGGCGGCAGCAGCAGCAGAGGCUGAACAAAACGAAGAACUGAUGGAACCUAGCGAAGAAACAUCAAAUGUUGAAGCUAGUGAUUCUAAGGCUUCCGUAUCAUCAUUUUCUCUCGAGGAUGCCCGCAAAUCAAUGGAAAAUUCAAUAGCCUUGAUACGUCAAGCCCAGUCGGAGUCAUCGAAAGAAGUCAAUAAUUUAUGUGCCAAACCGGAGUAUGAAAUGCCCCAGGUUGCUGGCGGCGGUGAACGUGAGCAGAAACUAAAGAAUGCUCGCACCAUUAUCGGAAAUGCUAUACAGCCAGUUUUACGUCACAGGCCACAGUCAACACAGCCAUUAGCAUGUUCUUCAUCGUAUUUCGGCAACGGCGGCGGGGGCUAUGAUCAAAUGCGUGCCAACAGUGGAAGUUAUAUAGGAUUUGGUGGUAAUAGUAUCAAUGCCGGCAAAUCGUUGACUGGAAACGAACCGAUGAUGACCAGAGGUAACAAGAUUGGUUACAAUGAUACAAUUGCAACACCCAUACCAACACCCCAAUCCAUGACAAUGCGUAGUCGGCCGGCUGUAGUACAGCACAGUACAACACUGCCAGCAAAUGCAAACGCUGCCGCCCUCGCCGCUGCACGGCAAACAUUAAUGGGGCGUUUGGCUGCUGGCGGUAUUGGCAGUUUCCCACCAACGACCACACCAAUGGGCGGCAAUGAUCAACACUAUAAUCACCCGCAGCACCAUAACCAUCAUCAUCAUCAUCAGCAACAACAAACGAAAUCACUGCACAGCAUGCAUGCACCAUCAUUCUAUGCAUCGGCCGUUAAUUCGCCAUCGUCAUCAUUGCACACACCGCCAACAUCAAUACCACCACCACAACCACCACUAUCCUCCUCCUAUACACAACACCCACUGUUGGCCACGUCAUUUGGUCCAAAUGCAGCCACCGCCACCAACGCCAUCAGUCCAAAUGCCAAAGCCACCAAAGUCUCCAACCAACAACAGCAACAACAACAACAGACCACAAACAAUAAAACCAACACCACCUCCUCCACAAUCACCUCGAAUUCCUCGAAUGUCAUAAAUACAAACAGUACGCCAAAACCGUUUUACAAUGCAUCUUCUUCGCAGCCAUUGUGGAAAACAGCAUCGGCGUCACAAGGUAUUAGUGACAACGUAUCCAAUGCUCCAGCCCCAGCCGGUACAAUGAAAACAUCAACGGCCUCCAUUACCUUGAAAUCCGCAACCCUGCCCAGACGUAAGGUCGGAGCUAGAUCAGAAAUUCAAUUGGACAUUAAGCCACCACCACCCAUUGUCGAGCAAUCAAAUAUGCGUUUCACCACCGAAAUGCAACAUCCCAUUGCCGAUUUGCGCAGUGCUCCACCACGUGAGGGUCCAGUUCCUUAUAGUCCCAUUAAAAAUAUGGCAAGUGGACGUGCCUCUAGCCUAGAACCCAAAGAACACAUUAUCCAUAUACAAAAGCCACCAUCAACCUAUAUGAGGACCACCUCAAAUACCACAACAAGAUCUGGCUCCCUGUCACGCCAAUCUACCAAUGACUCAGAGUCCGAUACCACAUCCACCGCUAAUAUGUCACAAUCCACAAUUACCGGUUCUUCGCAACCCAUCAAAAAGAGUCCCCGUGAAUUCAUUAUACCCAUUGCCGUUGAGGGUGGCGGUUUUAUAACACCACGUGAAGGUAGCAUAGAACCAUCAGAUUCAAGUCACACCGCAGCCACUAGCACAUCAAGUCGUUCGACAUUUACACGUCUUAAACCAACACGUCGUAUUGGAUCACUACUUAGCGAGACUGGUGUUGAUGACAGUUCGCCAUUCCAAAAAUUGCGCACCUCAUCAACGAAUCGCGAUAACGAUGAUGAUACACGCUUUACGCUGCACAAAUUAAGGAGUUCUCGGCCAGUGAAGAAAUUGAGUCAAGACAAUGACUCGCAAAGUUCCGGCGAAGAGGACGAUGAUGAUGGUUUUGAAAUUUUAACAGCUGAAAAUCUAUUCUCCACACUUUUGCAGCGUGUGCGUGCCUUGACAAAUCGCAUGAACGUUAAUAAUGAUCUUACCUCCGCUUUUCCAAGCUCAAGUCGUUUACUAAGCAAUAUGAGACAGACACAAAGUCCAUUCUGGAAUCAGGAUCCAUUUGGCAGAACUAAAGUUAGUUAUACAUACAGUGAAACAAUCGAAAAGAAACAAGUCCGACUAAACACCGCCGCCAAUAGCAUGGGUGUGCCAUGGCGUCACAGUAUGUCUCGGGAUUUAGGCAGUGACAUGGAAUCCAUGUUCUCACGUACCGGUGCCACACUGCCAAGAGGCAAGUCUAGCAAUGCCGAUAAAAAAUCAAAGUCCAUAGACGAUGGCAGUCAGCUUCCUGACGAACCCUUAGAUCUGGCCGAUUUAGAUUUAUCACGUUUACGUUUGAGUAAAACUGAUCUGGAGACUUUAUCCAGCAUUGCUCCAGGACUGCCGAAAUGUUUUCAGGAACAGCUUUUGGCCAAAUUGCCACCGACACAGGCAAGAAAGCUCUCACGCACACUAAGUGUGCAGGCUGGCCAAUGUCCUCCCACACGGAUCUAUAAACGUAGCCAAAGUAGUGGUAGACCUGGGUCCACUUUGCCGGUAACGAAAACGGAGGAAGAACGCAAGGAAUUAAGUGUGGCCAAGGACAAGGUGGAAAAUGUAAAUGGAAUACGAGAUGAUUUUGCAACAAAAGAGGAAACCAAACUGGAAUCCACAAAUCAGGAAUGCAGUGGCAAGGAUCCAUGUCCUUUGUACAGCAGUGAGGUGAAUGAAAAAUACAAAUACUACUCACCCUAUGUGAAAAAGUCCAGCAAGGAUAUAUUGGGUAACACAGAAAUCCCCUCCAUGUUGGGUAGGCCACCAAGUGGUAGGAUUUCACCCUCAGCCUCCAUGGAAAGUACUGGGGCAGUAGCCAAAAGGCCUUCUCAAAGAAGGAUUUCACGUUUAUUGCGCCCUGAUUUUAUGGAGCAGCCGCUGGAAGAGUCGCCCGUUGAGGCUAGUGGUAUGACUCCCGAGGAACCUGUAAAGCCUGGCAUUGAAUCUCUCGACGCCGGUAGUAAAUUGAAACACACACGACAUGUUCGCAACAAGAGCUUGGAUUUGUUCUCGGAAAAAUCAGAGGGAAUUGGAUCCCAGCAAGAUACCCUGAAGAGAAAUCGUCGAAGCCUGUCCCGGCCCAGAGAAUUUGAUGAAAGUGAAAAACUGGCAAAACAUGAAUUGGCUGAUAAGAUUCUACAGGAACUACAAUUACUGUCCACCAUUCGAUCCCAGCAGGAGCGACUGGUGGAGGAGGAGAGUAGUGGAGACAUAACCGAGCCCACCCUGGUGGAGAACAAAGAAAAGACUGUUGCGGGUACCUCGACCCUGAAGAAGGUAAAGAAGGUCAAACCCAAAGAAAAAUCCACAGAAUCUUCCACAGAUGCCGAUAAGACCAUUACCAACACCAGCAACACCACGACGACGGUAGUGAAGAAGGUGAAAAAGGUGGUGGUGAAAAAAUCCGAAACACCCAAAACCUCGGCUGGCGAUAACAUUCCAGGGAGUGACACCACGGCUCCCAAGUCUCUGAUAACCGAUUUGUAUUCCCCCAAAAAUGUUUCCAAACUGAAAAGGCCAAAAUCCUAUCCAACCAAGGACUCGAAUGCGACAGAAAAUUCAGGUCAAAUGGAUAUGGUUUCCACUAAAAUUGGGCCAGCCAUUGUAGAAACUCCAACGGAAAACUCAACCUCCAGUGGCCAGGAAAUCAAUGCCAUUGGUGGCUCAUCAACUCUGCAAAGGGAAAGUCGUUUGUUGAGGCCCAAGAGUUAUCCUACCUCAAAGUUAAUGGCGCCCAAGGAGCUGAAGAAGCCCUCAAAACCCAGACUUGCCAACAUGGAGGGAGGCGGAAGUCCUGAAGAAAGCAACACCCCACCCACUGCCAUGGUAUUAAAACCCAGUGCCACCACCCCCAGCUCUUCAGCGAACCCUGAAAGUGUGGCCAUGUUACCAGAAGUUUCUCCAGCACCCAAGAAGGUCUUAAAAAUUACCAAAAAAUCCAAACUCUCACCACCCACAGCCAUUAGUUCCACGAGCUCUGCGAGUAACACCAAUUCCAGUGUGGGUGAUGAUUCCAAGGAAUCAAGUCCUGCAGCUCCCAGUACCAAAGAAACACCGAGCAACAAAUUGGUGGAAAAGAAACCCAACAAGGGUCUACUCUAUGCCAUUGGCCAAAAAUUCGAAAAGUUAAGAGCUUCCGCAACCAGUAACUCAUGUGCCAAUAUACCCACCACCCAGAAGAAGGCCAUUGGCCAGAGCAAUGAUAACUCUCAGAGUACUUCACCGGAAAAGACUAGCGGUAAAUAUUCCUUUGUUAAGAAAACUAAAUCUCUCGGCAGUUCGGUAACGAAAAAGAGCGGUACACCCACGGCAGGGGAGGGCGAUGGCGCCGGGUCCAAGGAAACCAAAACCCCUGGCACUGGAGAUACAACGAAGCCCAUCAAAGCGGAUAAACGAUCCCGCAUUGAUGCCAUGAUAAGGAAUUUGAGGGAACGUUCCGUGCCCCGUUCCCAGCCCAUAAUACACUCCGAAUCGACGUAUAUCAAGAGGGCGGUGAGUGUGGAAGAAAUGCCAGGGACCUUUAAUCGCAAGUCCGUCAACAAAGUCCUGGGCCUUUUCAAACGUUACGAAAAGGAUAACUCUGCAAAUCGCGUGAGGACAGCCCGCUCGGCCAGUAAUAUUCAACGACAAAUCACGGAUUCCACAGAUACCUCACCCAUCUAUCAAAAUGCCGAUGCCAUUUUGAAACUGAAAGAGAAAGAGAAAUUCACGGAAGUGGAAAGAAAAUCGGCGGAGAAGAGUCGUAGCGGCAAGUCCUUGGCCCCAUGUAACUGUACCCCUCCUCCCAAAUCCAGCUCAACAGCCAAUGAUCUCUCCAACUGUCCGGAGUGUAUUGAAAAUACCUUGACUUCCAAUAAACUGAAACCGCAAAAUUCCUAUCCCUCGCUGGAAACACAAACUUUGCAGGGUAACAAAGAUCGCCGUAAAGGCCUAAUGCUAGAGUUGUCGGAUAAAUCUUCCAAACUUUCGACACCCUCAACGGCGGAAGCCCCUGUGGCAGGAAGGAAUUCCAAAAAAUACUCCUACAUCAAUGACAAUGAAAUCUACUCGAAUCUACCGCCCUAUCCCAGGAGCACCACCAACAUCAUUCACAGUUCAUCCUCAAGCAGUACGGCGGCCGCAAAUCAGGACAACAACAAUAUUGGACAUCUUAAUAACAACAACAACAACAAUACCUUACCCACUUCUUACAACAACAACAGCUCAUCUCUGCUCAGUUCGAGUCAGACCACCGGCUAUCGCAGCCUUACCACCAGUACCGGCCAUGAAGCACCACCGCUCUCAACCUGCUCCACAAAUCAGACCAACAACAAUCUGAUGUCACCCUCUUUCGAUAAUAUUGCCAAUUACUCAUCGGAUUCCAGAAGUUAUCAAGAAGACUGUGCCUCCACGUCAACGUUCCGUUCGCCAACCGAAGAGCCCGAAUUGUAUUUCGACAAUUGGUCUGUCUGUUCGGAGGACAAUUAUCGCAUGCAUGGUGGUGGUGGGGCCACACCCUCGCCCGCCGUUUCCAGACUUUCACGUACAUCCCAGGUUUCAUCGCCCACCCGACGGGACGGUGAAAGUUCCGAUCCCAAUGAAAGUAUUGUGGAUCGUAUCCGACGACGCAGUUUCUAUUGUCGUUUCAAUGAAAAGAAACCCAAGCGAACGAGCAGCAUUGUGGGACCGAAUGCUGUUAGGGAAUAUUACCGAGAACAACAGGCGGCAGCCAAGACCAGAUCCUCCAACAAAAUCUAUCCUGAGGAAAGGGCCCGUUCACCGGACAUAACCCAGGAAUUUUUCCGACCACUCAAACUCAGUCCCAUUGGUACGGAACUGAAACCACCCGUUUACAAAUCUCCCUAUGCCAGCCAUGAAUAUACUUUGACGCCCGGGCGUCCACGUAAAAGUCUCAACGACAUACGGGCGCCCACCUCACCAUCAGGUCUCUCGGAACGACGUUAUGCCACAAGUGGCAGUUCUACCUAUAACACACCCGAAAAAGAUAUAAUGCCUCAUACUGCCAUCUUGUCGUCGCGUUACAAAACCACCCUUGGCGAUGAUUCCAGUAAUUUGUCGAAGGCGGGUGGUGGCGGCGGCAGCGGUCUAGCCUCUACAACGGCCUAUUACAACACCUACAAUCCCAAAAGACGUUUCUCCUACAACACCGCCAACGGCAGCAGUACCUCCUCGGCGGCGGCGGCGGGCAGUAAUUUGACCUCCACCGGUGGCCAUAUCGAUGGAUAUGCCACAAUGGGUCGAAGGCCAAUUCGUGCCUAUGAUCAUCGUACAAUGUCUCUCUUAGAGCCUGGCAGUUCUAGCAGUUAUCGACAUGAUGCGAAUACACCAUUAAGGGAUUACACCACAAGCUUAUCGAGAUCCAAUUCACGUUAUCGCACCCAAUCCUCUUCACGCAGCCCCACAAACAUUUGAUGUACCACACCACAAAAUGGCUUUUGUAUAUUCUGUUAUUAUGCCCAGGAAAGGAAGCGACUCAACAAUCCUAGUUCCUCAUCGGCAUCAUCGAAAGGUAGCUCGAGUAGAAGAACCGGCGGUGGCGGUGGUGGAGGAGGAGGCGGUGCCGCCUCAUCUUCAUCCUGUUCGACCGGUUCUAGACAUCAUCAGCAGCAGCCGCACAACAACCGUAGAUUUUAAGAUUUUCAUUACAGCAAUAACUACCAAAAACCAAGAAACCAAAGAAAAAUAGACUUGAACUUUUUUUUCCCCCAAAAGAAAGGAAAUCCCCACCAACCAACCAAACAAUCUGUAGGCCUCACCCAUCCUAUUACGAAUUCAUUUCAUAGAAGAAGAAAAAAAAACUAUUUAAUUUAUUAUUACGAACGCAUGCAAAUGCGUAUUUUUUUACACAUAAACCAAAGAAGAAAAAACUCUAAACUAUUAUUAAUAAAUUAGAUAUAACUAAGACUAUUAUCUCUAGUAAUUUGCAAUAAUUUUUUUUGGAAGAAAAAAAAAAACCAAAAACAAAACUUACACACAUACACACAAAAAAUAGGAAACUCUAGUCUUCCUAUUUUGACUACUAGUCUUUUUUGUAGUUGUCGUUAUUAGCAACGUAAUUAUCAUCGACAUAAUUAUCAUAAAUAUUAUUAUUAUUAUUAUUAUUAUUAUUAUCAUGAUCAUCAUCAUUAUUUAUUAUGAUCAUUAUUAUUACUAUUACUACAUCGUACAUUGUUGAAGGUACUUACGACUAAGCAAUUCCCCCAAAACUUUAGUGCCUUCAUUUGUUUAUCCUUUUCUCGUCUUAAAUUUCUUUUUUUUAUUACAUCGUUACAUUUACAUCUUUUAUUUCUUUUUACGUUUUCGACUCACACACACAUAUCAUUUAAAUUAUAAAAAAAAUAAUUUUAAUUUUUUUUUUAAAAUGUAACUUUAGGUGCAAAAGAACAACCACAAGAACAAAGUAACUAAGUAUAUGUUGACGUUAUCGAUGAAUAACAUUAAAAAUCAAUUAAAUAAAAUGUAUCAACACAACAAGAACAACAACAAACCAUUAAAAAUAAUUAUAACAACGAAUAAACUAGACGUUUUUACUACAUAAAUGACAAA